AUGACUGCGGUUCAAUCGAUUCUAUUCAACCUCGAUCAGGUCAUGAGGGAGGCGCCAGGUGUGCAUGGAUGGGUGAUUGUUCGUAGGGCCUAUCCUAACUUAGAAGUUAAUCCGUGUCAAGGCGAGGAGGGCUUAAACUGGGAUUCUUCUUCUUCCGGAGCACAUUUGCUCAGACCGACUCCUCGAGCUAAACGAAGGAGAUAA